AGCGCCUAAGACACUGGUGAGAAGAAAGAGAGAAUAGGAGAACGACAGUGUGGGACAGAAAGGAAGGCUAAAAUUGGAUAGGGGCAGGAGUUGACCAUAUCCUUCUGAAACAACAUCUGAAGACUUUCGAUCCCAACGCAUUUUAUUGCAAAAAACUGCUUUUACUGCGGUGAACCCUGCCCCAUCUUUGCGCCUGUGUGCCGGUGUGUUCCCCUUGGCGUAUCGAAAGCUGGGUUCGGGGAGUGCCGCUCCUCGGUAGCUUGUUAGCCAAGUCUGUGCACUGGUCGGAGAGAAGGGGAGUCUAUCUUCGCUGUUUCCAGUCAAUGCUAAAUAAACAACGGAUACCCCCGACUGAAAACGGAUUAGUGAGUGACCCACUGCGAGGCCCGACUGAAGCACGCCAACAUUUAGCCGAGGAAAAUGAGCGAACUCGAUCAGCUACGCCAGGAGGCUGAGCAACUGAAGAACCAGAUCAGAGAUGCAAGGAAAGCAUGUGCAGAUGCCACCCUGUCUCAGAUCACAGCGAACAUCGACCCAGUGGGGCGAAUUCAGAUGCGCACUAGACGGACACUCAGGGGGCAUCUGGCUAAAAUCUACGCCAUGCACUGGGGCACUGACUCUAGGCUCUUAGUCAGUGCCUCUCAGGAUGGUAAACUCAUUAUUUGGGACAGCUAUACCACAAACAAGGUGCAUGCCAUUCCUCUGCGUUCCUCGUGGGUCAUGACCUGCGCCUACGCCCCCUCUGGGAACUAUGUGGCCUGCGGUGGCCUGGACAACAUCUGCUCCAUAUACAACCUGAAGACCCGCGAGGGGAACGUGAGGGUCAGCCGCGAGCUGGCCGGACACACGGGUUAUCUGUCCUGCUGUCGUUUCCUGGACGACAACCAGAUUGUCACCAGCUCAGGUGACACCACCUGCGCUCUGUGGGACAUUGAGACUGGCCAGCAGACAACCACGUUUGCGGGCCACACCGGUGACGUGAUGUCACUGUCUCUGGCUCCAGACACUCGGAUGUUUGUGUCGGGCGCCUGCGACGCCUCCGCCAAACUCUGGGACAUCAGAGAAGGCAUGUGCAGACAGACCUUCACAGGCCACGAGUCUGACAUCAAUGCCAUCUGUUUCUUCCCCAAUGGCAACGCCUUUGCCACGGGCUCUGAUGACGCCACCUGCAGGCUGUUUGACCUGCGUGCAGACCAGGAGCUCAUGGUCUACUCCCACGACAACAUCAUCUGCGGCAUCACCUCCGUGGCAUUCUCCAAGAGCGGGCGCCUGCUCCUGGCCGGAUACGACGACUUCAACUGCAACGUCUGGGACACCCUCAAAGCCGACCGCGCAGGUGUCCUGGCAGGUCAUGAUAACCGUGUUAGCUGCUUGGGUGUUACUGAUGAUGGAAUGGCAGUGGCCACAGGUUCUUGGGACAGCUUCCUCAAGAUCUGGAAUUAAAGCCGCAAGAUGGCAUCCGGACUCCAAAGUUGACUGGAAGAUCAUUCCAACAUGAAAUUAUUCAAUUUUAUUGCAUAUCCAAUCUUCUCAAACACCAUAAAACUGACUCUAACUACCCAAACAAACGACAACAAAAAACCCCAACAACAACGAUGACAACAAAGGGCAAAAAGCUUACUCCUUCCCAUUGAAAAAUAGAAGAGCACAAUUGUUUCAUUCAACUAGCUCAUACAGAGGUCAGUGAGUUCUAAAGUUGAUGCGGGGGGAAAAAAAAAAAAAAAGAAAUUGUGCAUUCCUUCUCGGGACCAUUUUCAGAUAUUGAAUGAAUAUCGAGAAAAAAGAAAAAAAAGCUCAUUGCAUACAACAGUUGUGUCAUUACGCAAAAUGUCAUCUACCUGUCUGCGUGAAUGCAAUUACGAUCCGACUCCCGAAAGCUUUUUUUUUUUUUUUCUCUCUCUCUCUCUCUUUUUCUUUCUUUUUUUUUUUUCUUUCCCUCAACACCCCUCCCCCUCCCCCCAAAGUCAUACGAAUUAGACCAGUGAACUCUGUAAGUUAAUGUCUAAAACAAGGAUCGAAAGCUUUCUUUUAUUUCAUAGUCUUUAAAAUGUUUUAGAAUUGAGUUUGUAGGUGAAAGUUUGAAACGAAACCAGAAAAAGAAAAAUCACUGUCGUUGUAAUCCAGCUUUACCACGUCAGGAAAACUUUUAAAAUAAAGAAAAACCCAACACAGAGCAGAAGAUUUGAGCUUGAACAGGGAUCUGCAAGGGUCUGUCAGUUAUGUACAUUUACUCCCAAGAUAGUUUCCAUUUUUACUUCUAUUUUUUUGUUUGUUUGUUUUUGUUUUGUUUAUUUCCUGUCUAGUCACAAAUCUUUGUUUGCACAACAAAUAAACUUUGCAUAUAUAGAAUAAUGUUGAAAAAAUGUUAACUAACCAAGCACAUGCUGUUAAUGAUGAUGAUAAUAAUGAUGACGAUGAUUGCUCGUUCUUAAAAAUGAAAAAAAAAAAAAGAGACAACUUUAACCAUAUUUCUUCACCUUUUUUCUUGUUGGGCAAUGUAGAAUAAUUAAAUGAAGAUUAACCCAUCAUUCAAUCAUUUUUUUUUCCUUUCUGUUUGGUUUUGUUUUGUUGUUCUGUUUGACAGUCUCUUUUGCGUUGGGGUUGGUGUUCAGAUUUGAGGGGGGGUUGGGUUAGGGAGGGGAGGGAGGUUGACUCCACUUCUGUCUGGUUCUAGACAAAAGCGCCCGUUCACUGCUUGGAAAUACAGCUACUACUCUGUGAAUGACAUGUUGUAUAAAUCAAUGUUUGAAAAUAAUGAUAUUGAAACUUUUUAAGUUAAAAAUUUAAAAAAAAAAAUUAUUUUGGUUGUCUGCCAUGGGAGGGGGGGGUUUAACUCUUAGAAUCGCAUGCUGUAGAAUUGCUUAAAAAAAGAGGUGCAUAUGGAACGAAGUCCUUUGAUGUUUUUCUUUAAGAAAUAACCUGUUAAAUAGAUCAUCACGGUGAUAUUUAUAUUGUUUUUUUUUCCUUUUAGUUUUUUUUUUUGUUUUGUUUUUUUUUUUCCUUUUUUGUUUUUUUUCCUUCCUUUUCGGCUACUCUCUGCAUACAUGAGUCAAUGAAACCGUGGAAGCUAUGCACUCGAGAGAAGCAGACCCAUUGAUUGACACGCUAGCGGUUACCUGUUCCUCUAUCCGUUACUGGAAACUUUCCUUAAAGUAAUGUAAACAAAAAUUGAUAAACAUACACCUACCCUCACACUUUUACAUACACACGAGUUACACUCACACACACACACACACUCACGUACACACAUACA